GAAUGCAUACACUGUAGUCGUCUCUCUCUCUCUCUCUCAUCCACUGCCAAAAUCACCACCACUGCCUCCACCGCCUGGCUGCGCUUGCCGCAUGCGAAAUUGACCUUCUCUCCUGCUCUAUCACCGUGAUCGCCGCUGAAACCUACCUCCGUAGCACCAGAGGUCGCCGGCUGCGGAUUGACUUCGUUUCAGGGGGCCUGCUGCCCCCGGACAUCUGUUGUUUACGCUAGGGCUCUUCGCACUGCUCCGCUGUCGGUGUUUUGCUCAGAAUUAGGUGGAAUUAAGUUGGAAUCGGAGGUGAAUGGCUCCGGGGCGCAGGCGCGGAGCGAAGGGGGUUAAGGCGAUGAGCGAAUUGAGUUUGGGCGAUCUCGUUCUCGCCAAAGUUAAGGGUUUCCCCGCUUGGCCUGCCAAGAUCAGCAGACCUGAAGACUGGCAGCGUGCUUCCGAUCCUAAAAAAUGCUUCGUCCAGUUCUUUGGUACCGCAGAAAUAGCUUUUGUUGCUCCUGUGGAUAUUCAGAUAUUCACCAAUGAAGCGAAAAAUAAACUGUCUGCUCGAUGCCUGGGUAAGACAGUUAAAUACUUCGCCCAAGCAGUGAAGGACAUAUGUGAGGAAUUUGAAGAGUUGCAGCGAAAAAAUUUAAGUGGUGUUAGAGAUGACAGUACACAAACUCAUUCACCUGAGGCACAUUCUGUUGAUUCAGUGGUAGAUGAGGUCUUGGAUGUUGAUCAAAAUAAUGGGAUUGCGCCAGAAUGCAAGUUGGAAACUAAAGAGUCUGAUGAUCUGGACUCUGGUUUAGAGCAUCGUGCGCACAAGCAAGAUGAGGUGGAAUGUCUAGACGUGAAGCCUUAUUUGUCAAAUGACGUGAAUUGUAGGUUGUCCUCUCCUGUAUCUUUGCGAAAGAACAAUAAGCUCUCUUUAAACCACAACAAUGUUGUAAAGGAUUCACCAUCAGUGUCUAGCCCUUCACACCAUUCCCUUAAGAGGGAAGAUUCUCUUGAUAGCAAUGUAAAGGGCAGAUUAACUGAUGAUAGCCAGAAUGAAUUGACAAAUGGUCACAGACCAAAGCUGGCAAUGGGCUCAAAGAAAAAAUCUCCAGGUGCAGUACUUAGAAGUGGUGGAUCAGCUGUUCCUCAUGAUCAUAAGGGAGAAGUGAUGAGAAGAAAAAUUGCUUCAGGUGACAGCAUGAAGCUUUCAUCGCCUGAUAUUCCAAAAUUACAUUUAGAGGUCAGUAGUCAAAAGAGGGAAAAGAGGUUGGUGAAAGAAGAAAGGCAAUAUGAGGCAGUACAUGGUGUCCAACAGGAUGCUAAAGUAAACUUUGAGUCACAUGGUGAUGUUAAUCCCCGGAAAAAGAUGAAGGUCCAACAUGGCAGUGAAAAGAAAGGGUCUCAUACAAAUGAAAUAUCAUCUCCUGCCAAAAUAUCAAAACCUGCUGAUACUGGAAAGGAUGCUAACUUGAUAAAAGCUCAAAUAAACAGCAAAAGUUAUUCUAGAGGUCCUAAUAAUGCUCUUGAUGACAAAAUGGCUGGUAAAGACCCUAAAAGGUUUACAUCAGGUGGGAAGGCUGAGGUCUUGCCCAUUAGACUGCCAAUUGUUAGUAACACUGAAUUCGACAACAAUCUCCCACGAAUAAAGCGUCAUCAGCGGGAACCGGAAACAAUGUCAGGCGAAAAUAGACCGGGGACUUCUGUAUCACAUAAGACUGACUCCAUAGUUUCUAAUCCUAGCAAAGUCAUAUCUCCGGUUGUGCAGCUACCAUUGAAGCGUAGAUCUGUCCGCAUAUGUGGUGAUGAUGAUGAUGAGUUGCCUAAAACUCCAGUUCACGGAAGAACUAAUAAGGUGUCUGUAACUCCACGAAUAUUAGAUUCAAAAAGGAAAUCUGUAGUGCAUGGUGAGAAACCUGUCCAUGAGUCACAGGUGUUAAGAAAUUCAAGAGAAGUUGAUACUGUGUUAAAGGAACAGGUACAGUUUAAUCGGGCGAUGCAUAAGCUGUUAUCUCCAGCUGCUCAACAAGGUAUGGAGAAGAGAACACGAGAAUCAUCAGCUGCACAGCCACAGAAGCUGGACUCUGAGAAGUUAACCCCGAUGGAGGUUACACUAAUUCCAGUUUCUCCUAAAAGGUCCUCCCAGCCUGUUGGUGGUGAGAGAGUAUCAGGAGAACUGGAAAGCACGCAACCCAACAAGGCACCUAGUAAUGAUUUUAGGAAAAAAACUCAAGCAGGAGAUGAAAAGAACGUAGCAUCAUAUGAUAGGUCAAACUUAUAUCCUAAUCAAUUGCUAAGUGAAAGAAGCAAGCAACCAUAUUCUGGAGAGAAAAAGAAUACUGCUCUAAAAUUGGAUUCACAGAUCAAUGACUCUGCGCUUGGGACUUCAAAAGAAAACAUCAUGUCAGUUCAGGAAAGGCUGAGUGCUAGCAAGGCCCACAAAACAAGUCAUGCGGUUGACUCAAAAACUUCAGACUCCGUCUCGUCAAUGAAACAUCUUAUUGCUGCUGCUCAGGCAAGAAAGAAACAGACACACUUUCAGAAUACUUACGGAAACCCUUUUCUUUUUUCUAUUCCUGACACUGAGAUGGCUGGACGGGGACCACGUCCUGCACCUACUGCUCUGGCAUAUGAAGCAAGCAACACACUCCAGCUGGAUGUUUUAGAAGCUCCUCCCAGGUCUCCUUGCUCCAGUCUUCAUCAAAUCCAAUCUGAUAAUCCACAUGAGAAUGAUGAACUUGAGGAGAGGAGGGUAAUCUCUGGUCAUCAGGGCACUGGGAGCUCUUUAAGUGGGGGUACUGAGGCAUCUGUUGCUCGUGAUGCAUUUGAAGGGAUGAUAGAGACACUGUCAAGGACCAAAGAGAGUAUUGCACGCGCAACUCGACUUGCAAUUGAUUGUGCGAAGUACGGGCUUGCCAAUGAGGUUGUGGAACUUCUUAUACAAAAGUUAGAAAAUGAGCCAAGUUUACAUCGCAGAGUGGAUCUUUUUUUCCUUGUUGACUCAAUUACCCAGUGCUCUCACACCCAGAGAGGGGCCUCAUAUGUCUCUACCAUUCAAGCUGUGUUGCCCCGCCUCAUUGGAGCUGCUGCUCCUGCCGGUGCAGGUGCCCAGGAAAAUCGUCAUCAGUGUCGUAAGGUCCUGCGCUUGUGGCUCGAGAGGAAAAUCUUGCCAGAAUCCGUUCUUCGCCGCUACAUGGAUGGCUUUGGAGUUGUAAAUGAUGAUAUGUCGAUCCCACUAAGACGCCCUUCCCGAGCUGAACGAUCUAUUGAUGAUCCUAUUAGAGAAAUGGAAGGCAUGGUUGUUGAUGAAUAUGGAAGCAAUGCUAUGUUUCAGUUACCUGGAUUUCUGUCAACAAAUGUGUUUGAAGAAGAGGAAGAUGGGGAUGCUUCUGAUACAAAUUUAUGCCUGAAAGAUGAUGGUGCAUCACCUUCCAAACAUACACCUGCUACAGACAGAGAUCAUGAGAAUCAUUCUGUUACUCCUAGUGACCGGCGCCAUUGCAUAUUGGAGGAUGUUGAUGGUGAGCUUGAAAUGGAAGAUGUUUCUGGACACCAAAAGGAUGAGAGACCAUUGAUGACAAAUGGCUCUAUCGAGGCUGCGUCAUUGGAGCUCGAUCCAGAUGGUGGCAGGCAUGAAUCAUUGUCAAACACCUCCACUGAAUGGCUUCCUUCUCCUGAGGGAUCUCCUCCGCUACCAGCUGGAUCUCCACCUAUGACUCCACCAUUGCCAACUUCACCACCUCCACCUCCGCCUCCAUCUUCUCCCCCACCUCCACCUCCUCCACCCACCUCACACCAACAUCCUUUUCCACAACCACCUGUUGGCUCAACUCCUCCUGUUGUACCUCCAUCGAGACCUGCUGGUCCUUCUCCUUCUAUUGGACCACCACUGAGAUCUGCCGGUUCCUCUCCACCUGUUGGACCUCCUCCCCCACAUAUUCAUCCUCCACCCCCACCUUUUGGACAUCAUCCUCCACCCUUUGGGCCCCCACCCCAUCUGGAUCCUUCUGCACCUUUAAUUUCCCAGCAAGCAUUUCCUUGUCAGCCUCCAUUGGUUUCCCAUAACAAGACUCCACUUUCUCCACGAUCAUCUUAUCGACCUCAUCCUUUACCACAUGAAGUUGGUGCCACACCCACUGGAAAUCAACAGACCCAUAUUGUUUCUACUACUCAUGGGCCUCAUAUGGAUGCAUCUAUUAAAGGGGAAGUACCGCCGCAUCAAUCAUCUUGUUUUCCUCCUUAUGGGGUCAGCAUUGCACAAGAACGUGUUGGCUAUAAUUCGUCAAGGCAUGUGAAAUAUGGAGAGGAUGAAACUUUUAUGAAUCCCCAAGCUUCACAGCAUAGGCAGCAGUAUCUGCCUGGUAGUGUUCCUUUCGCACAAAGGCCUGUGCGUCCUGAACUCCCAUCUCAACGACAACCUAGCCAUUAUGCCUAUCCAAAUUCAGCUCAACAACAUCCAUACCCCUCUUAUUCAUUACCAAACGUUGCCGAUGGUCCAAGGCGAUAUAUAACUGAAGAGCAAUGGCGGAAGCAAGGAAAUGACUUCAAUAUGGAUCAUCCUCGCAGUGGGUGGAUGCCAGGAGGACGGUCAUGUUCAGGCCCAUCUCAUUCUCAAGCAGGUGCGAAUUAUUAUUGA